GGGAGGAGAGGCGCGAUGCCCCGCCCCUUCACGAGAGGGGGCGGAGUCUUGGAAAGGCUUUAUGUAGUCCUGCCGGGAGCUGCUACGCUCACAGCUACCGAGAGCAGACGGCGCCUCCGAGCGAAGGAAGGCAGCGAAAGAGAGAGAGCUGGAAACAUGCCUCUGUCUAAGAGCAACCUCCUUCGUUCUCCCUGCAGCAGGAAGCUUUGCAGAAACCUCUUUGGACCAGUAGAUCACGACCAGCUUCAAAAGGACUUCCAGUCCUUGAUGAAGGCCCAGCUGGAGGAGGCUCAGCAGAAGUGGAACUUUGACUUUGAAUCGGAAACCCCGCUUGAAGGGAACUAUAAAUGGGAAAAGGUGUCUCAUCUAAACAGGAUGCCAUCUCAAGAUCUGCUGAGCCCCACAAAGGAAGACAGUUGUGCCGGUGAAAAGAGCUUGAGCUCCCCAGUGCUUCUCAAGAUGCACACAAAGACAGACAGGCCAACACAAGUGGCUCGCAAGUCUGGCUCCCCGAGGUCUUCCAAGCGAAAGCAGACAACUAUCAAAGACUUCUACAGCUCCAAGCGGAGAACUGUCCCCUGCAAGUCAGACCCAUGAUAACUACAUUGCAAACAAAAUGCAUCCAUGCAGUCUCUGGGCUAAAGGAGCUGACCUGCCUUCACCGCUAUUAGCUGGAAUGGCCGACUUGGACACAACACUCAGUGCAGGCCGCAGACUUGACUGUUUGAAGGAGCAGCUAGUUAGAGUAAUGACUUCUGCUCUGAGGCUCUUACUUUACAUAAAAACUAUGUAGCGGACUAGUGUAACACUUCAGAAGGAUGUAGAAUUCUUUUCCUUAUUUAUGAUGGCACUGGAGCUUUAUGUGCAAUGGAAUAUAUUGUAAAGCCUUAUCCUAAAAUAGACUUAAGUUGCUGGGGGAGAUGCUUAAGCAUGAUGGCAAAAGGGAAGGAUCAGUGCAAGUACUGCUUGUGGCUGAGACCUUUCAUACACCUGUCUCAGGUAUGAGUCACUUUGCAGGUGCAAGAUCUGAAGGAUUGUAUUUUCCUAGGCCUGUGAUCUUGCUCUCUCUUUCUU